AUGUCGGAAGAGGAGGCCAAAAUUCGCCGAGAGGCGUCAUAUCUCAUCCACAAGAAGGGAUGGGUCACCAACAUGGACAAGAAGCCGCAGUCACUCGAACUGCCGCCGAUGCCCGACUGGGAGAAGGCUGAGGCCGAACUGCACGGGUUCACAAAGAAUCUAUUCCACGAUCUCGGAAGAGCCUUGGCCUCCGGAACAGUGUUGGCACCAAGUGCGUGGAAGGAAGGGUUGGAUGAGAGCAAGCUGAGCAGCAGACAUGAGUUCCGCGACCAGUGGGAGGCGCUUCACGCGCGAGCCAUCGAUGACAUCAACAACCAAGACCUGGAAUUGCAACAAGAACCCCGGACCAGGCCCGUCGACCAGGAAGCAAUCGAUCGGGGCGAUAUCCCUGAGCUGGGAGAAGAGACGAGAUAUGAGACAAAAGACGAGAAACCGCACUGCGGUUCCUCGUCAGAUACGUUGCCCUUGGCGUACAACUUUGUCCGUCUCAAUCAGGGAAAACUCGGACACCCUAAGAAUGUCAUCAUACCGGGUCUCGUGACCAAGCUCCGUCCCUGGCAGACGAAGGCAGUCGAGCUUAUGAGAGACUUCAUACGCGGUCCCCAUAGAGGCGUCAUCCUGGGCGACGGGAUGGGCCUGGGGAAAACUUUAACCGUCAUCGCGCUCAUCAUGCACCUGCGUCUGAAAAAAACUGAAGGACCGGUCCUCAUCGUCGCACCCAAGGGCCUCCACUCGACAUGGUUGGCCGAGUGCCAAUACCAUUUCGCAGAGGGUAGCCAGCCAAAGGUUCUUGUGUGGGACAAUUCGGAACUGACCACCAGCGACCUCUUGGGAGGGGAUUACGACAUCGAAAUCACAAGCUACCACUUCGUCAUGCAUCGCAUUAAAGAGCUGGACUUUGGAACACGUGUGGGUCAUAUCCUCUUACAUGGAACUAAAGAAGAGAUCAGCGUCGUCCAAAAGCUCAGAAGACUUCCGUUUGAAGUAGCAAGAGCCGUGGCUCGUCCCAUGACUCCUUCAAGGAUGCGAUGGAAGUUUUCGGCGCAACUUUCCCGAUUCUCAAGGAUUCUCAUGCUCGACGAGGCGUACAAGGUCAAGAACCAUUUGGGUGAGACGCGCCAGGCCCUCCAUUCUCUACCGUACAAGAGAUUCGUCGGCAUCACGGGCACUUUCAUGCCCAACAAGUGGACAGACAUAUACGGAAUGAUAGACCUUCUGCCGGGCAACCCUUUCGACUCAUACGACCACCUCGUCAAAUCCUUCGGCACCAUGACCCACGGGCGUCCGUUUGAUAGAUGCAAUGAAGCUGCACUCACGUACUACCCUGACUCGCUGGUGGUCGCCCGACCCCAAAGCGUCUUGGAGCUCGAGGGCAUCGACGAGAAGAUGGUGGAGGCCCCCCCUCAGAGAAUAAACGACGGUGUCAGGGGCGAUAUACAGGGCGAAGAGGUCAACAAAAGAUAG